ACCUUUUAGAAAUGUCUUAGAAUUGUUUUUGAAGUAAAGAUUAAAUGAUGACAAGUUUAUAAUUAUUUGAGUAAUCAAAUGACAAACGCAACUUAAUAUUGUUAUUGUAUUCAAAUCGUUUUGUUUCUCUGGAGUUAGUUUCAAAUAUGAAUUCGUCUAGCGUCGUUUCUUAUAUAACACAAGUCGAGAACGUUUUCCGACUGCUUUCUCUACUCAAUCUUACUGCAUACGAGUGGCCGAAGCAAGCGUGCGUUAAAGAUGGAUCAACGUUUGACUUUAUAGUAGUAGGCGGUGGAACUGCAGGGUGUCUACUUGCUAGUAGACUUGUGGAGACAGGGCGGGCCAGUGUAUUGCUCAUAGAAGCUGGAACAUACCCGCCUUUAGAGUCAGAUAUGGCAGGCUUAUUUCCUUAUCUAAAAGACAGUAAGUAUGAUUGGAACUUCACAUCAACUAAAGAUGGUAUAUCUGAAAAAUAUCACAGAGGCAAUGUCAUACACAUGUCACAAGGAAAAAUGUUGGGUGGUUCCAGUUCCUUAGGCUUCGGAUGCUAUGGGCGAGGAUAUCCACACGAUUUCAAUAACUGGGCAGACAUAACGAAUGAUCCAAAUUGGUCCUACAAGUCUGUCUUAAGAUCAUUCCAAAAGAUUGAGAAACUCAUCGAUGAAAGAAUCCUUAAAGUAAAGAAUUAUUACGGAACCAAAGGAAGAAUUGAAAUUACAAAAGAGUAUUACAAAAGGAAUCGUCCUUAUUUCGAUGCUCUUGAAGAAAUGGGUUAUAAGUAUCACUUAGAUAUAAAUCCGGAUCAUCCCACUGGAUUCACUAAUGUCAUGUUUAGUAUCGGUGAUGAAUUACGACAAACGACUGCUCAAAAGUACUUAAGACCUCUCAAGCAUAACAAAAAGUUACACUUGCUUAUAAACACGUUAGCUACCAAAAUUGUUUUCGAUGAUAAUAAAACUGCGGUUGGCGUAGAAAUAUUGACGGAAAACAAUGAAAUAAUUACCGUUCGAGCAAAAAAAGAGGUUAUAGUUACAGCUGGUAAUAUCAAGUCACCGCAUCUACUGAUGCUUUCGGGUAUCGGACCGAAAGAAGAAUUGGAAGCUAAGAAUAUCACAGUGAUAUCUGAUUUGCCUGUAGGUAAAAACUUCCAAGACCACGUCAACAGUAUGUUGGUUUACAAGAUGACAAAAAGUUCUCAUGCACACAGUCUCGGCGAUCCUAAUAAAUAUCCGUAUGUAGUAUUUGUUGGCUAUCCUGCUUUAAACAAAACCCAAUGCUACCCAGACUAUCAAACAAUUAACGCACACUUUGGAGACAGUUUAACAUUCUUAGCCAUAUGCGCAUUCUUCUUUAGUUUCGACGACACAUUUUGCGAUUCAUUUAACGAAGGCGCUGAUGGCAAAGAAAUAUUCUUGACAUUCAUUACUUACUUGAACCCUUUAUCGCGAGGAGAGAUUCUCCUGAACAGUGCAGACCCUCAAGACUAUCCUUUGAUCAUCCCAGGUUAUUAUUCGAAUCCGAUAGAUAUAGAGAAACAUGCAACUUAUUUGGCUGACUUUAAUCGUAUAGUGAAUACUACAUACUUCAAGGCGGUUGAUGGUGAAUUUGUCGAUCCUAAGUUGAAGGCUUGUGAUGGUCUAGAGAGAGGUACUAUGGAAUAUUGGAAGUGUCAUGCUGUUGAAACUUCAGAUACAGCACAUUACUUUGUUGGUACUUGUGCUAUGGGCACUGUUUUAGAUUCAAAGCUUCGAGUAAAUGGUGUCAAGAAAUUACGUGUUUGUGACGCCAGUGCUAUGCCGAACAAUAUCAGAGAUUUCACCCAGGCGUCUGUAAUGAUGAUAGCUUAUAAAGCUGCUGAUAUGAUUAUUGAAGAUUAUGACUUGAAAUAACAAUGUAUUAAAUAAAUACUGUUUGUCAUAUA